ACAAGAUGAAUGAGAUUGCAAUGAACAAAGUCAAAUUUCGGAUAAGUUAUCAAGAGUGAGCUUCCUAGUGGCCAAAGCAAAGAGGGAAACCUGCGCUAUCAUAAGCUCCACUCUAGCCACAAGAUGCCAAAAUAUUGAUCGCCCAGGAGAAGCCCAGGUUUUCCUGGCAAAAUGAAUGUCUUAGAUGCGCAUGGCCACUGUGAUCUGUCACUAAUCUGACAGGGGCGACUUGGCCUUGUGCAUGUCUCAUAGGUAAAGAUUGACCGACACAGAUAAUAACUUCGAACUAAGUACGCCCACCGGAGACUCAUUUUUCUUCAUUCUCCUUUUGUCAAGCUUGUGCCUUUGUCAUGCCACCAUCAACACACCUGUCCUUCCAUCUCUCUACCCCCAUCUCAAUGGUCAGGGGGUGACACCUCCUCAGGGUGGGGUGGUACAGCCCAUGUCUUUACCCUCUCUGACCCCCACUUCUAUCCCCCUAGACUGCCAGGAACUGCUGCCACUAGUGCCAAGCCCCAUGGCCUACAUCCCUAGUGGGGGCGCCCCAGCCGCGGGGGCGGCGCCCAUGGGCUCCCAGUAUUGCGUGUGCAAGGUGGAGCUGUCAGUGAGUGGCCAGAACCUGCUGGACCGGGAUGUGACCUCCAAGUCUGACCCCUUCUGUGUCCUCUUUACAGAGAACGACGGCAGGUGGAUUGAGUAUGACAGGACGGAAACCGCGGUCAACAACCUCAACCCCGCGUUCUCCAAGAAGUUCGUCCUUGACUACCACUUCGAGGAAGUGCAGAAGCUCAAGUUCGCCCUAUUCGACCAGGACAAGUCCAGCACACAGCUGGAAGAGCAUGAUUUCCUGGGCCAGUUCUCCUGCAGCCUGGGCACGAUCGUCUCCAGCAAGAAGAUCACUCGGCCUCUGCUGCUGAUGAAUGACAAGCCUGCAGGGAAGGGCUUGAUUACGAUUGCCGCCCAGGAGCUGUCGGACAACCAGGUCAUCACACUGAGUCUGGCGGGCAGGAAGCUGGACAAGAAGGACCUCUUCGGAAAGUCAGACCCAUUUCUUGAGUUUUAUAAACCAGGAGAUGAUGGCAAGUGGAUGCUGGUUCACAGGACUGAGGUGGGUGCACGGAGCUCUGGGGUCUCUAAGGCAGUGGUCCAGCUGCCC